UUGGCUCGGGAAUUUCUUUGUAGGCGCACUUGAAUUUGAUCGAAGUGUUGACAAUCGUUAUUAAAAAAUGCCACCGCAGAUUGCCACUGUCGACGACGAUUUGAAUCGUCUACUAAAAGAAAAAUUCACCAGUGAGUUUCGCACGGGUUACAUCAAUGUCGAUGGCGUUUGUUUACCAGAAUAUUAUGCGGAAUUUGCCGAUGCCAUUGAAAACAUGCAAGUUUACGAUGACGAUAUUUGGGUCUGCAGUUUUCCAAAAACUGGGACCACUUGGACGCAAGAGAUGGUGUGGUGCAUCGCUAAUAAUUUGGACUUUGAAGGAGCGAAAAUUGUUUUGUCCGAGCGUUUUCCAUUUCUCGACCAUUCGCCACUGUUCGACUACCGCACGAUAAUCCCUCGCACACCGGGUCUCGAACUACUACCGGAAUUGACGGCCAACAGCGUCGAGCACAUCAACAAGUUAGCGAGACCGCGUUUCAUCAAAACUCACCUGCCGUUCAACCUGUUGCCACGUCAAAUCCGAACAGCGGAGAAACAGCCGAAGAUCGUUUACGUGGCGCGGAACGCCAAGGACACCUGCAUCUCCUACUUCCACCAUUGCAAGCUGCUCGAGGGCUACCGCGGCGACUUCCUCGAGUUCUGCAGUCUGUUUCUCGGCGGCAAACUUUGCUUCGGCCCGUUCUGGAAUCACGUGCUGGCUUACUGGUCAGAGCGACAGCGGGACAAUUUUCUCUUCAUCAAGUACGAGGACAUGAAACACGAUCUGAGAGCCGUGAUAAAACGAGUCGCCGAUUUCUUAGGGAAGUCGUUGGCGCCAUGCGAAAUAGACAUUUUAAAGAGACACCUGAGCUUCGAGAGCAUGAAGGCGAACCCGGCCGUCAAUUACGAGGAAGUCGUGGAGCUAAACAAGAAAUACAAACUGAUCGAGACGGAUGGACAGUUCAUGAGAAGCGGACAGCUAAAUCAAUGGAAGGGAACGAUGUCGGACGACGUCAUCGCAAAAUUCGACAGCUGGACGGCUAAGAAUUUGAAGUCCAGUGGGCUUCGUUUGUAGAUUCUGUGUCGAAUUCUUUUGCUAAAAUUCAUUAUCUGUUUUAGUUUUAAUCUUUUGUCAA